UCCACUAUCAGUUCCUUGCACAUGUCUCAAAAUUUGGGCAUGUGUGAGUGUUGAACUGUUUCUUUCGUUUGCAGUAUAUCAAUCUUUAGUUCAAAACUGUCAAACGUCUGCCAAACUGCCAUUAGAAACCGCGCAGCGUAAUCAGAAAUACUUAUUUGGAGCGACUACUUCUGCAACAUUUAAUAAAAUUUUUUGUUUUUUUACAUUUUCAUUCAGUCAGGAUUCCUUCACUGACUGAAAAAAAGACAUGUGUUUUUUAGUAGCUGUGAUAGUACUGGGAUUGCCCUAUUGUGCCAAGGAGGCUUGUGCCUCACCUCUAGGGGACCCAUUGCUAGAUGGCCCUGAUGUAGCUUUAGUGGGGGCGAUUGAGAGUUUUAAUUGCCAGGUGUUGACCUACCCAAAAGACGAGCCCAUCCUACUGCAGCUGUUCAAGAAGGGUGAUCGCUCCAACUUGCUGGCAGAAUACACUUCCAUAGCCGGAGGGAUAGGGGCUUUACCCUUGAUCGUCGAAGCUAGCCAUGAUGGUGACUUGGAGUGUGUGGCCAGUGUGCAAAACAGCUCUGCAAUAUCAGCCAAUAUCACUGUCAGCAAACCUCACCAUUUCAAAGUGAUCGAGCCUGUGACUGGGGUGGAGGUUGCAGUCUCGUCAGGUUCAACAGAGCUUUAUGAGGGAACGAAGCUGGAGCUGCGUUGUGGUGUGACCCAUGGGACACAUGUCACCUACAGGUGGUCAGUGAAUGGCCAGCCUGUUACUCCAUCUCUUUUCCCCCUUCAAGCAGAUGACAAACUCUUCAUCAUCAAUAGAACCACUCCUCAAGACAGUGGGCAAUACAUAUGUGUUGCCAUCAACCAAUUCAACGAGACAAUGGUCUACAUCGCCCACAGUGAAGCAUUACUCAUCAUGGUCAAAGAGGUGGUUUCCAAUCCUGAUAUCUCAUUCACUGUCUUAAAGAGGGACUCCCAGAAUGUCUCUGCCGUGGUCAACUGUCAGUCAGCCAGGGGAACGCCGCCCAUAACGUUUUUGCUGUACAACAGCACGGAAUUAGUGUCCAGUAUGACAGUAGAGGAGCAGGAUGCUAACUUUACUGUUCCAGUGGUUUUGGACCAGCAUAUGGGAUGCUUCCAGUGCCAUGCAGAGAAUGGAGAUAGGACUGCGUAUAGUCGAUUGAUCCCCUUGGAAGUUGUAACAGUCGGCGGGCCUGUGACAAUGCGUUAUGACUACGACGUUGGAGAAAACUUUGCUGUGGUCAGCCUGAUGUUACACUGCAAGGCAGCAAAGGGAUCCCAUCUUCAGUACCAGUGGUUUAUGAACACAACCCUUCUAGAGAAGCAGGGGACGUUUUACAGGGUAUUUCACCACCGGCCUACAGGAGAGUCUAGACUACAGCUCUCCGUGGGAAGGAGCAGUGCAGGGACGUACCACUGCGAAGUGUCGGACAGCUUUGACAGCACCACCGUGAUAAAGAGUGUAAAGUGGCACUUGGAUGAAGACGCACUGAAUCGUCUCCCUGACUCCGUGGUUGCGGUUGUUUUCGGCUGCUUCUUCUUCUUGGUAGCCUUCGUAUCGGGCUGCUGUUGUGUCGGAUUGGUGCAUAGGCGAAAGCGGUAUGGUGAAAUAUCUCAGCGGUACCUGGACAUGAAAAGUAUGGUGGUCGCUUAUGAAGAUGAGCUGGAUUUGGGAGAGUACGAAGAAAACAUUGAUGCGGUGCGAGAAGCUAUAAUAGACGAUUCUGAUCAGGUGUCAAUAGCGUCAGCAGAUGAGUGGUCACCGUUCGGGGAGCUGGAGGAUCACCCGGGGGAGUUCUGAUGAGUCCAUUUGUCCUGUCAAUCAAAGGAGAAUUAUUAUUUUUUUCAAUAAAACUGUUAGUCCUUG